GUAUUGAUCAAUUCAAUGUAGGUAAAACGAAAGCCAAGUAAAUACAAAUUCCUAAAUGAUUACUGGCGUAAUAAAAACACGUGAUCUUGUAUAACCAUGUAGCACGUGAUAUGAGUUGUCCAACCGAAAGCGGCAUGGCUGCCAGAAAAUUAUAAAUAUCGGGCAACUGGGGUAGGCGUUUUCUGCCAUUGAAAGCGUAAUGAGGGAGGUGUUAAUGAAAUCCACAAGUGUUACUUUUUUUGUGUUUAUAAUUGUUUACUUACAGAUAGUAUUUCAAUUUAACGACGCGAGUGUUCUUCGGCAGAAUAUCCUCGGUUCCCUGUCGAAAUUCAGCAGUUAAUAGAUCUUUUGUGACAGAGAACAAAAGAUCUUAAAGGAAGUUGCCUGGUGAAAGGUUUUUUCUAAGGAUGGUUUAAAGUUAAAACGGCACACUCUGUGAAAACUGAAUUUCAAGAUGUCUGAAGUAAAUGCGUUGCAGAAUACCAGUGGGAAUCCACCUCCUCCAGAAUACAGAAAUCCUAAAAAACCAGGACGAUUAACCAAUCAGCUUCAAUACUUGGAAAAAGUGGUUCUGAAGACCUUAUGGAGACACAGUUUUGCCUGGCCCUUUCAGCAGCCAGUUGAUGCCGUGAAAUUAGAACUCCCUGAUUAUUACAUUAUUAUAAAAAAACCAAUGGAUAUGAGCACUAUCAAAAAACGACUUGAACAUAAUUACUACUGGGGUGCCCUAGAAUGCAUUGAAGAUUUCAAUACCAUGUUUACAAAUUGCUACAUAUACAAUAAGCCUGGUGAUGACAUUGUGUUAAUGGCAAAAUCCUUGGAGAGAAUAUUUCUUAAGAAAGUGGCUGAAAUGCCUCAGGAAGAGUAUACAGUUCUUUCAUCAAACAAAGGAACUGCAAAAGGAAAAAAGUUAUAUGAAUCUUCUCAUUGUUUAAAGCCUCCUCCUAUAUCAGAAGUCGUGUUUCAGCACACUGUGACAGUAAUUCCACCACAGAGAACCCUCUCUAUGUCUUUAGUGACAGGAUCACAGUGCGUAUCUAAGGUCAAAAAAGGUGUGAAAAGGAAAGCAGACACUACCACUCCUACUCCUUCUGUUGUGAUGAGCAGCGAGUCUUCACCAAGUCAGCCAGAUGUAAAAUUCAACAAAAUAAUUAGGAGACAAGGCAGCCGACCAAUUAAACCACCAAGAAAGGACUUGCCAGAUUCCCAACAACAGCAUCAGACCAGUAAAAAGACUAAACUGUCAAAUCAAAUGAAGUAUUGUAAUGGAAUUAUCAAGGAAAUGUUUACCAGGAAACAUGCAGCUUAUGCUUGGCCAUUCUACAAACCUGUUGAUGCACAAUCCUUGGGACUUCAUGAUUAUCAUGAAAUUAUAAAGCAUCCAAUGGACCUUGGUACUAUGAAGAAAAAAAUGGAUGACAGAAAAUAUAAAGAUGCUCAGGAAUUUGCAGCCGAUUUCAGAUUAAUGUUCAUGAACUGUUACAAAUAUAAUCCUCCAGACCAUGAAGUUGUAGCAAUGGCACGGAAGCUCCAGGAUAUUUUUGAAAUGCGGUUUGCAAAAAUGCCCGAUGAGCUUAUUGAAAGUGUAAAUCCACUUCCACAUUUAAAGAAAAUUAACACAAAGUUAAAAAGCUUUGAAAACAGUAGUGAAAGUUCAUCAGACAGUGAAAGCAGCUUUGAUUCUGAGGAAGAACAUACACAACGACUUGCAGAAUUACAAGAACAGUUAAAAGCUGUUCGUGAGCAACUCCAACUCCUAGUGCAGAUCAAACCGAAACCCAGAAAAAGAAAAGAGAAAUUAAAGGACAGGUGGAAGAAAGAAAAAAUAAAGAACAGAAAAACCAAAUCAAAGAAAAAAUGUGAAGUUAAGCAAAAGACCAAAAACAAUAAAAAGCUGAGAGAAAGAACUGAUGGAAGACAAACUAUAAAAAGCACUGUGGCUAAAAUGUCAUUUGACUCAACAAGUGAAGAAACAGCAAAACCAAUGUUGUACGAGGAGAAAAGGCAGCUGAGCCUUGAUAUUAAUAAGCUUCCUGGUGACAAGAUUGGGAAAGUAGUCAACAUAAUCCGGACAAGAGAACCAUCUUUAAAAGACUGUAAUCCUAAAGAGAUUGAAAUUGACUUUGAAAUGUUAAAACCCUCAACUCUGAGAGCUCUGGAGAGCUAUGUAAUGACUUGCUUAAAUAAAAGACCGAGAAAACAAAGUGGACAGAAGUCAAAGUGUAAGAAAAGCAGUCAGCUGAAACAAAAUCAAGACCUUGAGCAGCAAUCGCAGGAUGUCCACUCAAAAUUAAUUUCUGUUCAGAAUUCUAAAAAGAAAUCAUGUCCAGGUGAUGAGGCCAUUAAAGCAAUAGGUGGACCCUGUCGUCUGAGUGAGAGCAGUAGCUCUUCAGAUUCUAGCAGCAACACCAAUAGUGAUUCAAGCAGUUCAGAUAGCAGUGACUCUGAAUCAGAACAGGAGAAAGCAAACAUAAAGUGCAACAACACUGAUCUUCCAGUGACAACAAUGGAGACAAAAACUUUACACUCUUGGGAUGACACAUUGGUGCCAGCGAUACCCCUUGAUGCAAGUUUACUUUCUCCUGCACAACAUUUGCACCAGAAAGAGCUGCUUGGCUUUCAACCUUUGCAUCUUGUUCCUCCAGAACCCCCUGAGAAGAUCACUAUUUCACCCCCAGGAAUCGCUUCUCUGUUAUCACCUGUAAAUUCUCCAGUUGGAUUGAAUAAUUCCCCUAGGUCUUCAACUGAUUGCAGUUUAGAAUAUAGUGUUGAUAUUAAAGUUGAGGUUCCAGUAUUGUCCCCUAUCCCAAACAGUCCAUUGGACAAUAUGAAAGAAACAAAAAGUUAUCCUAAAAGGCAACCAGAGAUCAAUUUUCCAUCAGUUACUGCAACUUGUGCAGAAGAAAUUGUGGUUAAUACACUCACUAAAUCAUUUGGACUGAAUGGGCAUCCUAGUGAAGGUAACCAUGAAAAGAAUAGCAACAACUCACAGAAAGUGAUUGAAGAAUGUUUCAACAGACCAGGUGAUGGACACAUUCAACAUUUUAAAAUCCCUGAUUCAAAAAAGGAUUUUAGGAUUAAGAAUGUUGAUUCAUGGGCCAGCUUAGGAAAGAUGAAUGCAUAUAUUCCAUCAGUGAUUAAAUCAUCCAAUGAAAGUUUUCUGCAGUUUAGAAAAGCUGCAAUUGAAAAGGAAGAGCGAGAAAGAAGUUUAAGGAAACUUAAGGAACAAGCUGGAGUGGAGGACAAAUUGGGCACUGAAAAGCCAAGAGGGGAGUAUGCUCAGUCGGCACUGGCAGAGAUCUCACAAAAUGAAGUUGUCAAGCAAAAUGAAAAGCAAAAGCUGCAGGGCUCUCAUGUUGAUACAGAGAGGGAAAUGGCUAGAAAAAGAGAACAAGAACGCAGAAGAAGAGAAACAAUGGCUACCAUCAUUGACAUGACAUUGCAGAGUGAUAUCAUGUCGACAUUUGAGAAGAACCUCUUUUGAUCUGGAUACAAAUCGUAAAGACUUUAUUUAUUAUCUUGCAUUGCAAGGCUGUAUAUAUAAAUGUUUACAUUUCUACUUGCUUGUAGGCGCUGGGUGUCUAUUUUGUUAAACUGUGGAAAAUGCCCCUUUUUUUUGUACUUAAAAAAAAAAAAAAA